AUGACUGCACAUAAUAUGGCUAAAGAGGACCCUCAAGGGCUGGAACUCCCAGUAACCUCGGACUGCUCCUCGUCCAUUACACAGGUUCCCACCGAAGCUCAGGAGUCGAGCACAGAGCUCAGCCUACCGCCUGGCACUCCUAACACGUUAGUCCAGGAAGACAGCCAUGUCUCGGACCUGGAGAGCCUCAAGGCCCCGGAAGAGGACCAAUAUCAGCGGUUCUCCCCUGCAAGAAAGCUCCUGAUCGUGUCGACGUUAGCAUUCUGUGCCCUACUGGCUCCCAUCUCUUCGACAGCCAUCAUGGCUGCCGUGCCCGAGCUCGCAAAGACAUAUCAGACCACCCCGGAAGUCAUCAACGCCAGCACGGCUGUGUAUCUGACGUCGAUGGGGGUAGCAGCUCUGUUCUGGGGACCACUGAGCCAAGUGUAUGGCCGUCGUCCUGUCUUCAUCGCAAGCAGCGUCUUGUUCUUCCUCUUCACCGUCGCAACCACCCUCGCUCCAACUCUCUCCACCUACUUCGUCUUCCGUGCCCUCACAGCCUUCCAGGGCACAUCCUUCCUGGUCGUCGGCAGCUCCGCCAUCGGCGACAUCUACGCGCCAGACGCCCGCGCCACGGCCCUCGGCUGGAUCCUAUCUGGUAGCAUGGUCGGACCAGCCUUUGGUCCAUUCCUAGGGGGCGUCGUAAUCACCUUCCGGCCAUGGCGAACAAUCUUCUGGCUCCUCACAGCAAUGGCCGGCACCGCCGCGCUGGCCAUCAUCCUCGUCUUCCCCGAAACCCUCCCCCCAAGCACCCAGCAAGCCCUCCCCGGCCAAACCCUCCCCACCAAAGCAAAAGCCCUCUGGCAGCGCAUCUCGCCCGCCCGUGUCAUCGCCCUCAACGUCACUUACCCCAAUCUCCUCCUCACCGGCCUCACCGCCGGCGCCCUCGUCUGGUGCCAGUACGCCCUCCUCACCCCAAUCCGCCCCAUCCUCAACCCACGCUUCCAUCUCACCACCCCUGUCGAGGCCGGGCUCUUCUACCUCGCCCCGGGCGCCGGGUACCUGUUCGGCAACCUCUUCGGCGGGCGCUGGGCCGACCACGUCGUGGCCGUGUACGUCACCCGGCGCGGCGUGCGCGUCCCCGAAGACCGCCUGCGCGCCGGCCUGCUGCCGCUCUGCGUGCUGGCGCCGGCGUCGCUGCUGGCGUACGGAUGGACGCUGGAUCGCCGCGCGGGCGGCAUCCCCGCGCCCGUCGUCGCCAUGUUCGUCCAGGGCGUGUCGCAACUGCUGGCCCUGCCGGCGCUCAACACCUACUGUCUGGACGUCAUGCAUGCCGCCGGCCGCAGCGCCGAGGUCGUGGCCGGAAGCUAUGUGUUCCGGUACGCGUUUGCCGCGCUGGCGACGGGCGUCGCGCUGCCGGCAAUCGACACGAUGGGCGUCGGCUGGUUCAACUCGCUCUCCGCGCUGUUCCUGCUCGUCUGCGGCGGCGCGGUCUGGUUGACGGCCGUGUAUGGCGCGCGCUGGCGCGAGGGCGUCGACGCAAAGCGCGCACAAAAAGUCACUGCACCCGCUACUGCAGAUACGCCUGCUGCUCCCAAAAGUGUUUAG